ACGAGCACGCAAGCGUCACUAGCCGGGCAAAGCCACCGGGGCGGCCGGGUGACGUUCGCCACAAGCGGUCUUCAUUCUCUUAACUGCUCGGCACGGCUCUAAAACAGACGAACAGCACAGACUAGCCAAGAUUGCCCCGAGGCCAGAUUGGGCGAGGGCGAAGUCGUAGAGUCGCUUCGCAUGGUCAGCACAGGACACAUCACGACGAGAGCGACUUCCCGGACGACGGUUGCGCACCUGCGCUGCCUAACCUGGCUCCGAAAAGCAGAUAGUAAUUUGCAGCUUCCACUCGCUGUCAACAACACGUUCGUUUUCGGUCGUCUCUCGGUCGCCAGUGCCGCUUUAAAUCAGAUCGGCUCUCGUAUACCCUGGAUCGUUGGCCGAAAUGGCCACCGUAAAAGCGCUACCACCGGUAUCGCUCGUUUGCUUGUUGCUAGUGUGCGUGCCAGUGAUUUGGUGCUACGAUGAAGGCAACACAACCACGACUACUACACCGCAACCAGACGAAGGCUUCGUCAAAAAGGUGCAGGCGUUUUUUGCCAGCAUGAUGGACAAAAUAUCUCCCGAAAUGACGAGAAAUUUGUUGACGGCUGAAGUUUCGCCGACCUGCAGCAUCGGACUCCUCAAACUCGUCGGCGCAAUUCGAAGGGCCGAGCCGUGGGCUCUUAGACUCAUCGAUGCGAUGGGCAAAUACCCUACGGGACUAUUGCAAGCCACAAAAGCUGACCUUGGAGCAUUCGACGAGUGCCUGGAAACUGUCGUACAUGACAGCUUUGGUCACGAGGUUACACGAGCGCAGUAUUGUAAUCUGGACAUGCGCAUAGACAAAGGUAGCUCCUUUGUGGAUAUGACGAUAACUGCAAUGAAAAUAGCCUUCCCGAAACUCCUCAGAUACAAGGAGCAUGUAACAGACUUACGUCUGCCACCCAUUCGCCUUGGAAUCUGCGUCACGAACGACUGUAACGAGGAGGAACUGCAAGAACUCAUCAACAAAAUGGUACCACCUGCGUUUAAUUUGAAAGUAAGCAACUGCGUGACAAAUGUUCCAGUUCCACUAACCAACGGACAAAAAGCGAUAUUGAUAACUCUAGGGGUCCUCGCCACAUUCUUGGUGAUUGGAACUGUCACCGAUGUUUUCGUGCGCUCACAACCCAAGAACAACGCAGCAUGCGGUAUUCUGCUGCGGUGUCUCAGGGCAUUUUCCCUCAUCUCGAAUACGAAAACACUGCUCCAAGUGGUCAAGGACAAAAGUUCCGACGCCUACACCCUUCGUUUCUUCCACGGAUUGAGGUUCUUUAGUUUAACGUGGAUUGUGCUCGGCCACUGUUACGGAGCCAUAUCGCCAACUUGGUCGCGAUUGCUGAACAACUUGAUCAUGGCCCAACAAACGCCAAGCUUAAUGGUUCCGGCGGCCUAUGUAGCGGUGGACACAUUCUUCUUCCUCAGUGCGUUCCUCAUGUGCUACGCGGUAUCAAAACAAAGGAAACCUGCCAUCGUCGUCUUCAUAUUUGCAGUGAUCCGACGGUUUAUAAGGACCAUGGUGCCGGUAUUCUUCCUCCUUAUGUGCAUGUACUUACUCCCGCUGGUGGCAUCUGGACCAGACGCAAAGAGUUAUUUUGAGAUGUUCUACGACGAAAUGGACCGGCUUUGGUUGUACAUCCUACUUCAGGUUCAAAACUACAAAACAAGUGCUUUCUCCAUACUGGUGCACCUGUGGUACCUUUCCGUCGACUUCCAGCUCUUCCUUAUAAGCCUCCCGAUAGCCAUCAUCCUGAAAAACCGACGACGAUGGGCGAUUGGCGUCUUCUUCUUGCUUUCUAUAAUAAGUUGCUCAAUCUCAGCAUGGCAGAUCAGCGGAACCCACAAUACGCCUUCCGUGAUUGCUAUCACCGAAACAAUGUCAAUACUGGAAGACACAUUAAACAACUACUACAUACUGCCUUUCUACCACGCCGUAUGCUACUUUUCCGGCUGCAUUGCAUUCUACAUGCUGCAAAGCUUCAAGGAUGUCAAGUUGUCGAAGAUCGUAGAGGCACUCAUCUGGAUUGUCGCCCUCGUAGCUGGUGCUGGUUGCGUCUUUGAUAAGCAACCCUGGUACUGGGAGCGACAUCCGACGUCUGAGGUUGGAAAACUGUGUAUGGCAUUCUUCGACCGAAUACUGUGGUCGGUGUUCCUCAGCUGGAUUACGCUCGCAUGCGCUACGGGACGAGGAGGAUACAUUAACAAGUUCCUUUCCUGGAAUGCUUUUGUACCACUGAGCAGACUCACGUUUGGAGUGUACCUGAUUCAUGCUCCCUUCAUUAUCUUGUUCCUGCACAUUUCCAGAGAACGUAUUUUGUUCUCGCAUUUCACUUUGGUGUCCCUGUGCUUCGCGGUCUUACUUUGGAGCUACUGCCUCACGUACCUGAUGUUCGUACUGUGCGAAGCUCCGACAGCGCAACUGGACAAACUCAUUUUCAUGGGCGCCGGAACGAACGAGCGGCGGCAGAAAUUGCCCCUUCAGAACGGCUCUCAACUCGUCAAAACAUGGGUUGUCUCGACAGAUAGCGCAGUAGAAAAAGGCCAAGCGCCCGUCGACCUGGAGAGUGGCAACAACAACAACGUGAACAGCAUCAUCGGCCAGAGCGUUACGUACCAUCUUUAAGAAUAGUGCAUGCGCGAAGUUACUUCUAUUUGUUGGUCGAGGAUUUUCACGCAAGCAAGAUGUACGCCUCGGGAAGCGAGGACGAUUGCUGUCGGUAAGAUGCGCGGAAGACGGCUUUAUGAUAGGUAAAGUAUUUAAAUUGUAAAUAUUUAAUUAGUGGAAGUUCAUUUUCAGCUUGACAGUCUCGGCGCUGAUCCCAUUUUGAAGGUAGUCAUAACAGAAAAGACCAGGAGCAGCAUAUCGCACACUAAUGUUACUUUACUGUUUCCUCUGACCUUCGUACCCGUGGAGGUCAAGGCACAUCAGAACAGCAGUGCCAAAGCCCACAAAACGGCGUGCCACAACUGCGCCACCGUUGGACGCGAUAAAGCGAGACGCCGGCGUCGCACUUCGCUACACAGUUAGCUAUAUGCACUCCCUCGGUGCGACCUCCGGCUUUCAGAGUUUUGUACGUGUGCUCAUAGCGAACAGCUCCUGCGCAAUCAUCGUAUUCACGCAUAAUAUACUCUGAUCACGUGUGCGCUGUAUACGACUGCGCAGUGAGCUUCACGCGCAUAUCACGCCUUUGACUGUUGUGUAGUUCGCCACGCUCAAGAAUGUGUCAACAAGUCACAAUUCACCAUUGUAGUCAAAGAAUAAUUAAAUCCAUGCGUUCUUAAAGAAAAA